UUUGUUGUCGUGUGACAUUUGGUGAUAAAAGCUGAAAUAAGGUGUUAUUUAAUAACACAAAACAAAACUAUUUGGAUGAAAAUUUGUUUGCACAUAGUAUAAAAUAAGCGAAAUUUUUAGUAAUCCGUGAUAGUGUCAUAUUUACUUAACUAUUGCUUUAAUAUACACUUUUAGUAAGUUAUAUUUGUAUAAGUAACAAUAACGAAUAACGAACGCUAAGCGUGAAAAAGAUAAGCAAACGCGGCUGAGCGAUUGGUUCAAAUAUUUGUUGAUUGGCACAAAUAGAUAAUGUUGUCUUUCAUCAGACGAAAACUAUCGGAGACGGACUCGGGAAGCGGCCGCAGUACAACGCUUUCAAACUCUUCAACAGCCCGCACGGUAGACAAUAUGCUCGCACAAAAAACGAUUAAAAUGUCUUUGGGCAAUGAACCCAUACCAAUUGGAGAAGACGCGUUGCUGCAAGAGUUGGGCUAUAAAAACGCAAAUGAUCUGCAAGAAACUGUAUAUGAUGUCCUUCGAACAAUAAGAGAUCCAGAAAAGCCAUGUACAUUAGAAGACCUGAACGUUGUCUAUGAAGAAGGGAUCAUCGUGCAGCCGUCAACAAAAUCAAAUGUAUCUGUGAUCCGCAUCGAAUUUAACCCCACUGUGCCACAUUGCUCUUUGGCCACACUUAUCGGACUAUGCAUCCGUGUUAAAGUCGAACGCAGUUUGCCGCAUAAUAUUAAGCUGGACAUAUACAUUAAGAAGGGUGCGCAUACAACAGAGGAUGAAAUAAAUAAGCAAAUAAACGAUAAGGAGCGCAUUGCUGCCGCUAUGGAAAAUCCGAAUUUGCGGGAACUAGUGGAGAAUUGUAUAAAAGAAGAAGAAUGAAAAAGCACUAACAACUAAGCUCUGAAAUAUAAUUAAUGUAGUGUGUAAUACGGUUAUUUAAAGUAAGAAAUGUAACACAAAAUAAUUAGGAUCCACAAAAUGUACAUAUGUAUAUUUUAUAUGAACAUACGAUUUUUUUAAUAUACUGAGUUCAAAAGCUGGUUAUUGUUAA